AUGGACAAAAUGUUUGAUAUGGAAAUUAAAGACAAGGAAAUUGUUAGCAAAGAGAGUAAAGAUAUUGAAAUGGAAGAGACUCGUGAGAAGAAGGAGGAAACCCUACCACCAGGAUUUCGGUUUCACCCCACCGACGAAGAACUCAUCUCUUACUAUCUCACAAACAAGAUUUCAGAUCCUAAUUUUACAGGAAAAGCAAUAGCUGAUGUAGAUCUCAACAAAUGUGAGCCAUGGGAGCUUCCGGGGAAGGCGAAGAUGGGGCAAAAAGAAUGGUACUUCUUCAACCUAAGAGAUCGUAAAUAUCCGACAGGUGUGAGAACCAACAGAGCAACAAACACAGGGUACUGGAAAACCACUGGGAAAGACAAGGAGAUCCUCAACAGUGUUACAUCGGAGUUGGUUGGUAUGAAGAAAACUCUGGUUUUCUACAAAGGUAGGGCUCCCAGAGGAGAAAAAACCAACUGGGUCAUGCAUGAAUAUCGCAUUCAUUCAAAAUCCACCUUCAAGAUCAAUAAGAACAUUUGGGUGAAGCAAGAUGAAUGGGUGGUUUGCCGGGUAUUUCGCAAGAGUGCUGGUGCAAAAAAGUUCCCCUCGAAUUCCAACCACACCAGAGCAGUGAAUCCUUAUAGUCUGGAGGUUGGCCCUAGCAUUGUGCCACCCCCAAUGAUGCACCUGGGAGAUCCUUCUGCUAAUUUAAAUUUCCUUUAUGGAUCAAGAAACUACAUGAUGAGCCAUUCAGAGGUAGCUGAAAUGACAAGGGUCUUGAGGGGUGGUGGAUCCACAAGUGUGAAUGUGAUGAACAUGAACCUGCCAAUAAUGCACCCCUAUUUGAACAAUCCAGCAGCAGCAACAGCAGGAGGAGGGUUCACCAUUUCUGGCCUUAAUUUGAACCUGGGAGGAGAAACAGUUUCUACUGCUACCACCACGCCAACACAACCCCUUUUGAGGCCAAUGAUGCCACCACCACAGCCACCUUCUGCUCACACAGUUGCCCAAGUGCAUCAUGAUUUCAGUUCCAACAUGGUGACACCCAGUGCUCUUGCUGCUGACAAUGUAGGGUAUGGUGCAGACAUGAGCAGUUCAAAUUCUCAUGGCAAUAGGUACAUGGGCAUGGACCACUGCAUGGAUCUAGACAAUUACUGGACAUCCUACUAA